AUGAAGACAAUUCAUUGUUACGUGCUGUUAGUUUGCUGGAGAGCACUUUGUUGCUAUAGCUGUCAGCUCACCAAUAUUACCAUAGCAGUGGAAAAAGAAGAAUGUGAAUUCUGUAUCACAGUGAAUGCCACGUGGUGCUCAGGAUACUGCUUCACAAGGGAUCCAGUGUAUAAAUACCCACCAGUAUCAUCUGUUCAGCAAACAUGUACCUUCAAAGAAGUUGUGUAUGAAACUGUGAAGAUCCCUGGCUGUGGCGACCACCCCGAAUCUUUUUAUUCGUAUCCAGUAGCUACAGAAUGCCAUUGUAACACCUGUGACACUGACAGCACUGACUGCACUGUGAGGGGCCUGGGGCCAUCCUACUGUUCCUUCAGUCAGAAUGGGAGUAACCAGUGAAGGAUGCACAAGAUGGCAGUUUGGCUCUAAACAUUCACUUCGAAAUAAAGGUACUGAUGGGGCUUAAGUGGAAUAUUAUAGGCAAGGCUAUUUAAAACCUGCCAAGUUUGAAACAAAUAAUUUUUAAGGCCAAAAUGAAGAGCUACUGACAAAACUACUUUUCAGGCCUUCCCUACUUAACCCAUCAGUUUGCCUAAAAUCUUUUUCAUAGGUCUAUAGACGCUGCUUCUGAUACCUUCAGCCCUUGACUCU